UGUCAUUGACCUUGACUUGCAUCCAAUAUCGUAGAACCAUUCUACACUCCAAUUUCUGUAUUAUAAAUGGUGGAGCCAAAUUCAUAGGUAAACAAUAACAGACUCACACCCCUUAUCUAAACAAAUUGCUCCAAGUCCAAUCAUUUCUGCUACUUCACCCAACACCAGAGCUAGUUCCAGCAGAAUUUAAUUAUGUAUCAAACCGCCCCAGACUCAGCAAAGCCACCGUCCAAUCAGCCAGCAGCCACCGGUUUCCCGGUGAGCUACAGCACUUCAACACCGUACUCCACCGACAAUUCCCACUACCAUCAACCACCGCCACCUCCCCAGCCUACUGAAUGGUCCACCGGCCUAUGUGACUGCUUCUCCGACAGUAACAAUUGUUGCAUAACCUGUUGGUGUCCAUGCGUUACCUUCGGCCAAGUUGCAGAGAUUGUUGACAAGGGAUCAACUUCUUGUGGUGCUAGUGGGGCUCUGUAUACGCUAAUUUGUUGUGUGAUUGGAUGCGGUUGCUUAUAUUCUUGCUUCUACCGCUCCAAGAUGAGACGCCAGUACAAUUUGCAGGGAAGUGGUUGUGUUGAUUGCUUGACUCAUUGCUGCUGCGAGCCCUGUGCCUUGUGCCAAGAAUAUCGUGAGCUUGAAAAUCGUGGAUUUGACAUGGUUAUUGGGUGGCACGGAAAUGUUGAGCAACGGAGCCGGGGAGUAGCCAUGACUGAAACAGCUCCAAGAGUCGAACCGGGCAUGAGCCGUUGAAGUGAUGAUCCAUGAUUCCAAUUUCCAUAUACAUAAAUAGUACAUGCACUUCUGUAACUGAAAUGAGUGUGUGUCCAUGAUGCUUGUGUGAGAUCCGAUGUCUAACAAUGUUUGAAGAAUGAGUCAUUCCAGUUUUUUUUUUUCAUUUUAAUAAUUGUCAUUGAUGUUAUAUAUUCCAAUAUAAGUUAAAGUGUGGUAGUAUUACAAUGUAUCUAGAAUACAAGUGCUCACUUUGUGUUGAAUUGAGUUUGACAAAUUUCGAGUGUUUAACUUGAAAUGAACCUAUUUGAUCAA